AGGCCGACUCGCCAUAUACCGCUAUAGCCAUCGAGAAGAAGCGAUAGAGAAGAAUCGCGCGGUAAGCUAAGGAGCAAGGUGGUGGAGAGAUUAAUAAUUGCGGAGAAAGGGAUGGAUCAGCCGUGGAGGAGAUUGGAAGGGAAGGUGGUGAUGGUCACGGGUGCCUCCUCCGGCAUUGGCCGGGAACUCUCCCUUGACCUCGCCAGGGCUGGCUGCAAGAUUGUCGCGGCCGCGAGGCGGACCGACCGGCUGAAAUCCCUAUGCGACGAGAUAAAUAGCUUUGGACCGCUGUCUUUGUCUUCAUUCAAUCCAGAGCCCUCCGUCGUCCAAGCUGUGGCCAUCCAGCUCGAUGUCAGCGCCCAGAGCUCCGUGAUAGAGGCUUCGGUGCAGAAGGCGUGGGAUGCCUUCGGCCGGAUCGAUGCUCUGGUUAACAACGCCGGAAUCCGAGGUGGUAUAUAUUCUCCACUGGAGUGGCCUGAAGAGGAAUGGAACGCCCUUAUGGCCACAAAUCUGACUGGCUUAUGGCUAGUAUCCAAACAUGUCUGCAAACGGAUGCGCGACACCAAGCAGAAAGGAUCAGUAAUCAACAUCUCAUCGAUCAAUGGUCUUGAACGUGGGCAAUUACCUGGAAAUCUUGCCUACUCUGUAUCAAAAACAGCGGUUAACGCGCUUACCAGGGUUAUGGCUUUGGAGCUUGGAGUGCAUAAUAUUAGAGUGAACUCUAUCAGUCCUGGAAUAUUUAAAUCCGAGAUAACAAAGGGCCUCAUGGUGAAAGACUGGCUUGACAGAGUGACCAAGAAGACUGUUCCCUUGAAAACAACGGGCACAUCGGAUCCAGCACUGACGUCGCUGGUCCGGUAUCUGAUCCAUGAUUCAUCAGAAUAUGUGUCGGGCAACGUGUUCAUCGUUGAUGCUGGUGCUACGUUGCCUGGUGUCCCCCUCUUCUCUUCUCUAUGAUCCAUUUAUUCUCCAGCUUCAUAUAUUGCUCUUCCAAAGUGAGGAUCAUAGUACUCUGAUGAUAUUUGCAAGCUUCUAUUUCCCCUGUAUCCCUUAAUUUUCUUGAUAAAAGUGGGUUGGGUUCCCGAACUCUUUCCUUCGUAAAAUAGACAAUGUAUCCAAGAGGAGCAAAUAAAGUUUCAAAGACUAUUUGCAAGGUGGUUGCUAGCGUUAUAAAAUAUAACUUCUGCUCGUGUAA